AUGAAUCCUAUUAGUGGGCUAGAUAAUAAAGAUAUUGAACUGAACCAUCAUAAAAAGGACUUGUAUAAUGCUACGAAAUUGUUGCUGGAUAUUAAAAGUGGGUUUAUGAGGGAUAUGAACGUCAAUAUUGAUCAACCCCUUUCCAGGGAACCGGUUGGUUAUGGAAAUGCAACGUUUCCUCGACCCCCAGAAAGAGUGUUCAAUUGUAGCAGGAAGACCAGGGAAAAGGCUGAAGCGACUAGAGUGUAUUUAGAACUGUUUUAUGUGUUUAUAGAUAAAUCCAUUAGGACUACGAUGGAGGAGAAGUUGAAAGAAGACUUCGAGGGUUUUGAGGGUGUGUACAAUCCAUUGCAGACAAUUAGGAACAGGAAGUUAAGGAAAAAGUAUAAGCGUCUGGAGCAGAAGUAUGUCAGUUUAUCAAAAAGACCAGUUAUAGCGGUAGUAGAUUUUAGUCAUCGGCAUAAGCACUUUCCGUGGUUUGUGGAUAUACAAGAGAAAUCAAGAGAUAGCACAUGGCGAGCGAGCCAUUGGCAUGAGUUGAGAAAGCCUGAUGGUAGUUAUUGGUUUAAAAGCAAGAAUCUUGGUUCUCAACGUCGCGAUAGUCAACAGAGCCAUAAUGAUAGUGUGAGCGGGGUUGAUUCUGAUGAGCAGAAUAAUGGCAGCAUCAACAACAACCAUAGCGAGACUGCGAUGGUACCAACUAUUCCUAAAAUUGGUCUUACCACGGAUACUGAAGAAAAUGAACAAGGCAUACAGCAAGCUUUGAACAAAAGUCAUUUGGGGGAUCAGGGUUGUUCCUUGGAAAAAAUCGAUGCAGAAUGCAAUGGGACUGAUUACUUGCAGGUAAUUACAGCCAAUUUAACACCAGAUGUAACGUUGAGUGAUUAUUUACACCCAAGGUCUGGAAGACGCUUAAAAAACGCUCUCUUUUCGAGAUUAUCAAAAUCUCCUGCGAAAUCCAAUAGGUCAUCGGUAGAAUCGCAGCUCAUGGUUGUGGAUGAUGACCUGACACGUCUAAGGACCCAAUAUAAAACGCCAAUUGAUGAACAAAGAAGUUACAGCACUAGUAGUGUAUUUGGACAGGUAAAGAUUGCAAGUUUAAAGAAAAAACUAGAGAGUUUGAGCGAGGAACCAAAUUUAAGUCCGCAGGCACAAAGCUCUGCGAUGCAGGAUCCCAACUCAACCUUAAUAUUACAUAUGAAGCAAUCGAAGUAUUUAAAAUGCACUUAUGAUUUAAUCAAGCAGAAGGAUUACAAUUUCAAGGAACGCGAGGAGUCAAUGCUUAAUAACUCAGAAACAAUCCAACGUUUAUGUACUAAGAUAUCCGAAUGUCUACCCAAGAGUCAAAUUUCGUUGCAAGAGUAUGAUGAGAGCUUAGAUAAGGCACUUGAGGUGUGUCGUACUUGGGAAAGUUUAUUCUUGAACGAAUACUCUGUUAGAGUAGAUACAUUGGUUUCGAAUAGUGACAGAAUUCUGUCUGAAAUUAACACAACGCUGACUCUCAGGGUAAAGGAGUUACAAGAAGAUAUGGAUCGGUCAAGCAUUAUACGAAAUAUCCAUGGAACAACAAUACCAAAGUUUCUCUACAAACUCUUAGAGUGUGCUAUUGUUUCAGUUCUCUGGAUAAUUUGGUUUUUCUUCUUCACAAUGAAGACGAUUCGGUCCAUUGUUGUUAUAGUCUUUAAGGGUUUGAGGUGGCUGCUUCUAUUUUAA